GCCGGUCACGAUGACGGCGGAGGCGUCGGAGUGUCUGCGCGCGGCGCGAGGUGGGUGGUGCGCGAGCGCGGCCACGUCGGUGAAGCCCCGUCUGCUCAACGUCUGCCUCAACGACCUCCGCUUCCGCUUCCUCGGUCCUCGCUGCCAGCACUAGAUCUCAUCAAUAACAAAAAGGUUGGGAUUGUCAUCGGUCCGCAGAAUACUUUACAAGCAGAAUUCCUGACCUACCUAGCAAAUACUACCAAGGUUCCCGUCAUCACUUCCUCUGCAACAGGUGAUACAGUUACUCAAUAUCAUGUCCCAUACUUCCUUCGUGCUUGUGUCAAGGGCUCCUUCCAAGCAGCUUCGAUUGCUGCCUUUGUCAAGUCCUAUGGCUGGAAAAAUGUUGUUCUUGUCUAUGAGGACAACAACUACGGUGCUGGCAUUCUCCCUUCCAUUACCGACGCCCUUGAAGCCGUUGAUGUCCAUGUCAUUAACCGUUCUGCCAUCCCUACUUCUUGCCCCGGUGACCGCAUUGAUGCGGAACUAUACAAGCUCAUGACCAUGCAGACACGUGUCUUCAUCGUCCAUAUGUUGCCAGCCGACGCUGCCCGCCUAUUUGCUCGGGCCUCAGCAAUCGGUAUGCUGACUGAAGGGUAUGUCUGGAUGGUCACGGAUGACAUCGGCAUUGCCCUUGAUGUGCUCCCCCAACAUACCACUGAAACCAUGCUGGGUGUUGUUGGUUUCCGUCCAUAUGUAGCAAAGUCUACAAGGAUUACUGGUUUCAUGGAUCGUUUUUUCACUCGAUACAGAGCCAAAUACCAUCAAGAUCCUGAUGUUAGGGUGGCAAAACCGACCAUGUUCCAGUAUUGGGCAUAUGAUGUGGUAUGGGCAAUUGCAUCUGCAACAGAGAAAUCCAAGAGGCCCAGAUCCUUAAAUCUAGGAUCUACCACAGGUUAUAUGGGCAAGUUAGUAGAUGAUCUGCAACCAUCUCCUGCUGGCUCAGAACUCCUAGCUUCCAUAAUAGGUGGGGAGUUUUAUGGAUUGGCUGGGAGAUUCAGGUUUGUUGAUAGGCAUUUGCCGGUUCCACCAUAUGAGAUCGUCAAUGUGAUUGAAGACAAGAUUAGACGCAUUGGGUUUUGGAGCCCUGGUUAUGGACUCUCAGCUUUUCUCAACUCUAGCACUAGACCAGGCCAAGCUAGACGUAGGGCAAAAGCUGGUCAAGUCCUGAGAGCUGUCAUUUGGCCAGGUGAUUCAAUUACAGUGCCUAGAGGUUGGGACUUCCCAGCAAAUGGCAAGAUACUGCAGAUUGCUGUGCCCGUGAGACGGGAUUUUAAGGUUUUUGUCAAAGUUGAGAAUCCUAACUCUAGUAUGCAAAGUGUCACUGGCUACUGCAUUGAUGUCUUUGAGGCUGCUGUGAAGAAACUACCAUAUGCACUACCCUUCAAGUACAUGCCCUACGACUGUGCAAAUUCAUAUGAUAAACUGGUAUCACAGGUUUACUUCAAGACAUAUGAUGGAGCAGUGGGUGAUGUGACAAUUAUUGCCAAUCGGACUAGGUAUGUAGACUUCACAGUGCCAUACACAGAGUCCGGUGUGUCGAUGCUUGUCCUAGCUAGGAAAGAUGAGGAUGAACCAACGAUGUGGAUCUUCUUAAAGCCAUUGACGACUGACCUUUGGAUUGCUAUGGUAGUGUUUAUUGUAUUCACUGGCCUAGUUGUAUGCACGAUUGAAAAGCCUGUAAAUGAUCAAGUCCAGGGUUCCAAAUGGAAACAGCUCAACACUUAUUUUUACUUUGCAUUCUCCACUGGGACUUCUACGCAUGAUCAAAAGUUCAAAAGCCUUCAGUCAAAAGUUAUUAUGGUGUCCUGGUGCUUUGUACUGCUAGUUAUAGUGCAGAGCUACACAGCAAGCUUGUCGUCAAUGUUAACUGCAAAGAGGCUCCAACCUUUGGUGACUGACCCAAUGCAACUUUUGCACAAAGGUGACUAUGUUGGAUACCAGAACGGAUCAUUUGUGCACUCGAUGCUGAGGAGGCUCCAUUUUAAGGACCGCCAGAUGAUGUCUUUUAGCACUCGGGAGGAAUAUGCAGACGCAUUGAGGAAGGGAUCUAAGGAAGGAGGGGUAUCCGCCAUCUUUGAUGAGACACCAUACAUAAAUUCUUUCCUCUUGCUGUACGGAAAAGAUUUCCAGAAGGUUGGCCCCAUUGACAGGACGGUCGGUUUUGGUUUUGCUUUUCCUAAAGGCUCUCCAUUGGUGGAGGAUCUUUCCAAGGCCAUGCUCAAUUUAAUAGAAGGGUCUGAAGGUUCUGAUAUUGAGAGGAAAUGGUUUGGGGAUCGGAUUUUGUCACUGGAUUAUGGCAGUCCAGACACUAGCUUCUCACGACUCAGUUCACGAAGCUUCAAAGGUCUAUUCAUCAUCAAUGGAUGCAUUUUAGGUUUGAUGUUUCUCAUAAACUGCUCGAGGUACGCAUAUGCAAAAUUCACUGCCAAAAGAAAAGCUGCUGCUGCUAGUGAUGGUGAGGCACAACCUUCGACGAAUGGUAACGACAUACCUGCUGUCUAGUCCCCCUAGAGCAUUGGAGUGUUGCGGAUUAUGAGUUUCCGUUAUUUAUGGGUUUCGUUAAGCUGCCUUUUGCUGCCCACCAGCUGUGUGCCAUAAUGUUGUAAUACUAUGCUAUUAUUAUGGUGGGAUGCCACUUGUAUUUGUACUUAUAUAAGUCGUGUUGAAACUCGGAUUUGAUGAUAUUUGUAGCACUUCUGUUCGUCUAUUGUACGGGUGACUGAAAACACAAAUAGAUUCCAGUCACUUCUGAUCUGUGUGUUGGAUUUUGAUCA